AUGAAGGAAGGCUCCGACUAUGUGCCAGAGACAGGCAGUGACGAGGAACCCGCCGUCGAACCAUCCCACCACACUCAAUCUACGCCUUUUGUUGCCCACAACAUUGGCAACGGCGAAAAGUACUCCUUCCGCGGAGCUCUCAAAGACGUCCUUCACAUGAUCCCGGAUGAGAUUUAUGUUCGCGACCUUCUUCGGCCGCUCGAGGGUGGCGGCCAAGACCGCCUGAAAGAGCUGGGUGUCAGAGUUAGAGCAUUCAACAAGUUCUUCACCGUCUGGGAGGCACUUCAUGUCGUUGCUGACUCAAAGUUGACCUAUGUCCGCGACGAUGUCAUCAACUACCUGGAAAACGCACCCGAGAAAGAACUCGCUGAGGUCUCGAACUUGGAGCGAGGAGACAUUGUCAGAGCAUACGAGAGAUACAGAGCUUUCCUUGCGAAAUUGUCGAACAUCCUGUUCCCAUACACCUCGCCUUACUUUGCGGAUCACCUUACUCUUCACUCUCACUUCCGCAAUGGUGGUCGUGGAAUCGUGCUUUCCGGCAACGACAAGCAGGCGCCGUUCAUCCUCACCUCGAUCAUGUCGUUUCGCAAACUGGGAUGCAACCUUCCUGUCGAGAUCAUGUAUCUGGGCGAGAAUGACCUCAACGACGAUUGGAGAAUGAGGCUGGAAUCUAUCCCCAGCGUUGUCACCCGUGAUUUGAGUCAGAUGGUUUCUGACGAGGGUUGGGAGCUCAAGGGGUGGGCUUCCAAGGCUUUUGCUCUCCUCAUGUCGAGCUUCCGCGAGGUGAUCUACCUUGAUGCAGAUGCUUUGUUCUUUGUCAAUCCUGAGGAUCUGUUUGAAGACCCUGGUUAUGUCGAGACCGGCGCUCUGUUCUUCCGCGACAGAAUCUAUGCUCCUUCUUCCCGCAAGCAGUGGCUCAAGGAUAUGCUUCCCAAGCCCAUCUCCAAGAAAGCACAAACCUCGCGCUAUUGGACUGGUGAGAGUCGCGAGCAGCAGGAAUCUGGCUGUCUUGUUGUGGACAAGUGGCGUCACUUUGUCGCUAUGCUGACUGUCACCCGCAUGAAUGGCCCUGACCGUGAUGACAACUCCAAGACUGGCGCCAAGGGUGUUUACUCUCUGUUCUACGGCGACAAGGAGACCUUCUGGCUGGGCUGGGAGCUUGCUGGCGACACCGACUACUGGUUCAACGAAGGCGCUGUUGGCAACAUGGGCGUUGUAUCUGAGCAUUCAUCUCCUAAGCACGAAGCCUCAUCCCCAGCCACCGAAGAAGAACACGGCCUCGAGAACGAAGUCGCUCCUCCCACCAAACGCGAUGCAGAAGUCCACUCUCUUUACACAGUCCACUCACCCCAACUCCUGCAUCUAGACCUCAACAACCGACCCCUGUGGUUCAACGGCUGGAUCCUCGAUGACAAAUUCGAAGACGACAAGUUUGUCAAUGUGAGCACAUGGGACGUGUACAUGUCUGAGAUCAAAGAAACUCGCGAAGCAGCAGAGUGGAGGAUUGGAGGUCACAAUAUGGCUACCCUCAAAAGUAAUGUAGCGUACGAGUUUACGGAUAAAGAAAAGGAGGUGCUGCAGAUGAUUGUGGAUACGGCGAGGGAGAACGGGGCACUCAAGCAUGGACAGUAG